CAGUCGCUCAGGUGACUGAAGGAAACUCCCCCCUGGAGAGACAGACAGACAGACACCUGCUGGUGACAGACGGAACAGCCUACUUUCACUGUGGAGCUCCGACCUUCAGCUUCAGCCACAGAGAGAGCAGCCAGGUGUUAUGGAGGGUCACUUUUUUCACACGUGUGCGACUAUUUCUGCGUGUUUUUGUGUCUUUGCUUUAAAGUUAAAAUAAAAACAGUUACUCAGGAGGUGUGUGUGUGUUUGAAUUAAUUAUGGAUCGACUGGAUGAAUGGAGCUUCAAGUCCAAGAAAAUGGAUCUGGAGGAGGAUUUCUACUUCGACUACGGAGCGGAGGAAAUGACAGAUUAUCAAGACCCCAAUGAACUUGUGGCUGCUUUGAAACAAAAGGAGGAAGAGGUUAUUUUGGCAGCUCAGCUGGGAAACGCAUUGCUCCUGGAAAACCGUCAGUUGAAAGAUCAGAGCGACAAACUUCAUGAACAAUACGCAGACAAGCUGGAGGAGCUGGAGCAGGGCAGGCAUGAUCUGCGGCUGAAACUGGAGGGCUGCCAGUCCCAGUGGGAGAGCCAGGUGGGGGACCUGGAGAGGGAUGUGAGGGAGCUGAGCGCCCAGGUGCAGCGGCUCACACUGGCCCUCAGCGAGGCAGAGAGGGACAAGAGUCGAGCCCAGCUGGAGCACAGCGAGCACACUCUGCGACUCAGGGAGCAGCUCAACACUGCGAUGGAGGUGGAGAGAGCCAUGUCCAGUGAGCUGCAGGCUCUAAAGCAGGAGCUCCAACAAAAAGGAAACCACAACAGGUCGCAGGAUGAGGAGCUGAUCAGUGCCAUGAGGGAGCAGGUGCUGCGUCUCACCCAGAAGGAACAGGUGCUGGAGGAGCGUUUGGAGAGCGUGUCUCAUGAAAACACUGAGCUGAGGGCGAGUUUGGCCUCUUUACACACACGCCUAGCUCUGCAUGACCAACUCAAGCAGCAGCACAGCCAGCAGCUAGCCGAGGCAUGGCAGGAGGUGGAGGCGGCGCGGGGUCGCUCACAGCAGCUGCAGGCCCAGGUGGAGGAGCUUCAGGAGGAGGUGUCCCUGCAGGAAGCCAGGAGCCAGGGAGACGCCUCCCUGCUGUCCGAGCUGGAUAGCAGCCUGGAGACAGCAGGGCUGGGAGUCAGCAAAGAAGAGAUAAAGCAAGAAAUGGGCUCCAUCCUACAGUCACUGCUCCCACUGACCCAGGAACUGAACAGCGCAGGGAGGUCAGAGGUCGUGGAUCAACCGGAGGACCUGCAGGCCAUGCUGCAUCAGCUGAAGGGAGUGGCCCAAACCCUGGCACAGGUAUCCAGCCCUCAGGAGCUGAAUCGAGCUUUUGUCGACAGGACGGGUGAUCAGUGUGGGAAUCCGAGCGCUGCACAGGAGCUGAGAGAUCAGAACGUCCAGCUGCAGCAGGAAAACACUGAGCUGAGGCAGAAGCUGCAGAGUGUACAGGAGCAGGCUGAAGUCGUCCAACAGGCCAUCAGAGACCGAGAUGAAGCCAUAGCCAAGAAAAACCUGAUGGAGGCCGAGUUGGUGAGAAGUAAAAAUGACAUGAUGUCCCUGAACAACCAGUUAUUAGAAGCCAUCCAACGUAAACUGGAGCUGUCACAGGAACUGGAGGCCUGGCAGGACGACAUCCAGAUCAUCAUCAACCAGCAGCUCAGGUCCCAGCAGCAGUCGGAGCUUACUCAGAAGAAGUCCACCUCCAACGGCAUGUCCUUCUUCCGCAGGCCCAACAGGACGGCCUCCACCUGGACACGCCAACCCUCCUCCUCAUCCUCCUCCUCUUCCUCCACCUGGAGUUCAGAAGCAAAUCAGGACAAAACUCAAUCCCCCUGGAGGGACUGGUUAAGACGAGGGAAAGGGGCACAGUAUGGCAAAUAAUGGACAGUGAGGGCUAUACCUUCCUCCUGAGUGCUGAGGAGAGGAUGCGCCAGGAGGAUAGGUCAGAGUGCAGCUUCCCGUACAUCACAUGUGGUGAAAAGAAGCCAUAAAGACACUUUUAAUUCAGUGAUGAACAACAGAGCCACUACGGGCAAAGACUUGUCAAAUAGACACUUACUUGUACACAUUUCACUGAGAGGCUGAGCCUUCCUAAAAACAAAACUGUGACAACCUGGAACACUAGCAUUUUCACAGAAUUACAUUACAAAGGUUUGCUUGAGACUGUAAAUAUCGUGCCUUAUUUUGUAAUAGUUGUAAUAUUGUAAAUGUCUUUAUGUCUGAGACUUUAUAUGGUAUACAUGAAAGGUGUAUUUCAGAGGAGAGUACAGAUCAAAGAGAAAGAGACGUACGGUCAGGAAAUAAACAAUCAAACAGUUCAUUUGUAAUCGUACUGAAGUAUGUCUUUACGUACCAAGUUGGAUAUGAGAAGCUGCAUUUUUCCAGUCAGUUUUGCUCAAAAGCUAAAUAUGUAAAAAUGUUGAUUGUAUGUCUUCAUGUAGACUGAGAAAGUUGUUAUUUUUUAUAAUUUCGUUUUUUGGUUCUUGUUUUUUUUUUAGUAAAAAACAAAUAUGUUCUCUGAAUGACAACUUGGUUUGGUAUGUGUCACACAUGUAUGUGUAUAUUCUGUGACUCAUUGUUCAAUAUUAACGCUGCUCACUACAAACUGUGUUCUUUCCUAACCUGUCUGACUGACCACAUCUGGAAUGAUUGCUGGAUAAUUUCAUAAAACAUCAAAUAAUCCUCUCAGGGUUUUGUGUUUUUGACUAUUUGUGUUCAGAAUUUUAAUAUGAUAAACUGAAAAGGGGAGAAUCGGGCAGCUGAAAACACAUCUGAACAAGUAGCUCAGUCCGCGGGGGACUUGGCUACAGGGUCGUUGGUUCAAGUACAGCACGGACCACAGUAUGGAAUGUGGACUGGUAGCUGGAGAGGUGCAAGUUCACCUCCUGGGCACUGUUCUUGAGCAAGGCACUGAACCCGUAACUGCUCCCCAUCACUCUAACAUCUCUCCCUACUCCCCCCACAAUUGCAUGUCUAUGUCGAUGGGUCCUGUUUGUGUGCAUGUUUGUGUUUCAGACCUAUGUGUGUGAACUGUACAAUCUCCCCCUAAUAAAGUUCUUCUAAAGA